AUGGCUCGUAGUUUUAACUGGCAAGGCAUUGAGUGGAUUGCACGUCGCAGCAAUGAACUCGAGGGUCCUGGACCCAACAAAUGGUCCUCCAACAAUGUUACAGUAGACGACGAUGGGCAUCUUCACUUGCGCAUUAGUCAGCAGAACGGACAAUGGACUUGUGCUGAAGUAUUUACGUCUCAAAAGUUUGGAUUCGGUCGAUAUGUUUGGUCUGUUGAAGGUGCAGUGGAUAAAUUGGAUCCAAAACUUGUUUUAGGACUCUUCACCUACCCAACACCCGCUGAAGGCCCCGAUCGUACUAACGAAAUUGAUAUUGAAUGGAGUAAAUGGGGUCAGACGGAUCAAAAUGCAACGAAUCUUGGUUAUACAAUCUAUCCAAGAACAGAAGGUGGACCAAUAGUUUCGAAGAACAAGAAACAAGGUUUAAAUGGUACGUACACUACCAGUGCGUUUACAUGGUCUCCCAACGGCGUCAAAUUGGAGAGCUAUCACGGACAUACAACAAAGGAUGAGAACAAAUUCUUUGAAUGGACGACGCCAUAUGGUUUUGCUAAUGCCUGCCCCAUAGCUCCUGUACCAAUCCACAUGAAUCUUUGGAUACAUCAAGAAGAAAUUCCGGGCAUGUCUCCUCUGAACGGCGAGGAAGUUGAAGUGAUCAUACACAAUUUCAAAUUCACACUACAAUGA